GUGGAAUUGGUAUCAUGAUCCACUCCAAGUUGCUUAAUUUACUUAGCCAAGCUACCAGGCAGGACUCGGAAACCUGUUUCUGGACUUGGAGGCAGACAAGGCCAGCAAAGCAAACAUGACCAGAUGCUGAUCUGGCAAAAAGGGGAUGGAAAGAGAAUAUGGGGACGCUCAGGGAUGGAGGGCACAGCACUCAGUGGCCCCAGCCUGUUGUUUGCUGAAGUUAGAGCCAUGGCCCAGGCAGAAGCAGCCAGCUCACUGCCCAAUCCCUGGCUCUGAGGUCUGGUGGAUUUCUUGGUCCUUCUGUAGCCCUGAACUCAGUAACUGACCCACACCCCCGGGGCUGCUCAAGCUCUUGUCUACCUUCAGCACUUCAUUCCAGGAGGAGCAAACCAGCUGAUGUUUGUUUUGGCUCAAAGGAUGUCCUGCAAACAUUGCCCAGGACAGCCUGACCAUGUCAUCCGCAGGAGGCACACCUCAGUGUCUACUCAGCCUUCUGCCAGCAGGAGGCAGGUGUGUGUGCCAGAGCGGGCUCAGGGAGGCCCAGGUGGAUGCUGAUGGCCGCCGCCCACCCUGCACAUUCUCCUCAUGCCAGCUAGGCUGUGACACCCUCUGGACGCCCUCCACUGGCCUGGCAGGGGCAGAAGGCUCCUGGCAGGGGCAGGAGGUGGACAUGCACCCCAGCACUAUCCAGGUCCUAUCUCCUGAGCCUUUGAAUGUUAUGGGGAAAAAGAGUAUUGGCAGAUGUUACAAAGUUAGCUUGAAAUGAAGAUGAGGAGACUGGAUUAUCUGGUGAGCCCUGAAUGCAAGCAAUGGCAGAGGGUGCAAAGUGCCUGCCGUGGGAGCUCAGGAGUGGCUGGAGACCCGCCAUGCUGCAAAGCUGCCACUUUCUUCAUGGACACAAUGGUCAAGCCUGUGGCCUCAGCUCUGACCGACCUCAACCCUGCUGUGGAGGCUGGGGCCGAGGCCCUGGCUGGGGCAGAAGACAUAACUGAGACAGCAGCUCUGGCUGGGGCAGGGGCCAUGGCCAACCCCCUUCUCAAAGGCUUCAGCCCCCUGAAGUUCAUCCUGACCAUCCUGGGGAUCCCAGUGGAACAUCUCAUUGAGGGUUCCAGGAAGUGUGUGGCUGAGCUGGGCCCUGAGGCCGUGGGAGCUGUGAAGUCUCUGCUGGGGUCCCUGAUGUACCUUGGCUGAGUGGAGGCUGGAGUAUCUCUGCCUGGGGACAAUGAUGCUGCCAUCUGUAGGCUGGGGACCUGCUGCCCAGCCCUG